AUGAGCGAGCAACGGACUCCAAUCACGGUGGCUCCCAUUCCAACGGGCGAGAAGAGCGAGUUUUCCGAUUUGGCACAUUUAGCGGCUCAGGUAGGAGAUGGCCGCCUUCUCAAGAUGGAAGUCGAUUACACGAAGAACGUCGAUGACGCUUUGCCGAAAGCUGAUCAAAUGGCAAAGAGUGGUAAUGUGGCCGGUGCCGUUGAGUCGCUGUCAGCUCUUGAGAAGCAAUCUCGUCUUGGCUGUGACAUGAAGAGUAACACGAGGAUUGUUCAGCAUAUGGUCAAGUUGUGCUUUGACUCUCAGAAGUGGCAACUACUAAACGACACGAUUAUUUCACUCUCAAAGAAGCGACUUCUGAUCAAAGUGGCGAUUGCUCGGAUGGUUCGCGACUGCUGUGCGAUGGUAGAAAACAUGCCCAAUGAGGAACUGAAGAUGAGUUUGAUUGAUACUUUGCGCACUGUGACGGCUGGAAAAAUCUAUGUUGAAGUUGAGCGAGCCCGUCUAACAUCAUAUGUUGUCAAAAAGCUUGAAGCACAAGAAAAACUUGAUGAUGCCACCAAUAUGCUUCUCGAGCUUCAAGUGGAAUUCUUACUUGAACAAAUGCGCUUGUCGAUCGCUCGCAAGGAUCAUGUCCGAGCGGCAAUUAUCUCGAAAAAGAUCAGCACAAAGUUCUUCGCUAAGGAUCCUAAUGACGAUGUGGUUCAAAACCUUAAACUGAAGUACUAUGAACUUAUGAUCGUGAUUGGAUUGAAUGACAAUGCUUAUUUAGAUGUUUGUCGCCACUACCGAGCUAUUCAAGAGACUCCAAAGGUUCUUGCUGAUGUCGAGAAGAGCAAAAUGGAGGCAAUCUGCAAACAAUAUGAAGCCCUACUUCGCGCGGGAACUCCAACUUGUCCGGCUACUGGGGUGUUUGAAAGUUCAGAGAGUGGCAACAAACGUUGGGAAGAUCUCCACCUGCGUGUUGGCGAACAUAACAUGCGAAUGAUUGCCAAGUACUACACUCAAAUCUCAUUUGAUCGCCUUGCUGAGCUUCUCGACUUCCCUGUUGAUGAAAUGGAAAAAUUCUUGUGCAAUCUCAUCGUCACUGGAGCUAUCCCCAACACAGUUGCGAAGAUUCAUCGACCAAAUCGAGUGGUUAAUUUGCGAGCAAGAAAGGCACAUGUUGACCAUUUGGAUCAAUGGGCCCAUAAUGUGCGACAGUUGACGGAUACACUCAAUAAAGUUUCUCAUUUGAUUCUCAAGGAGGAGAUGGUGCACAAGAAUCUCGAACAUGUGUCUAUUCAU